CACACUUUCAAACUUCUGAAAUUGGUAAAUUAUAUGCCAAGAUAUCUCCUGUCAUCAUGUCCAUUUUCUCUUACGACUUGCCCGGUUCUGCUUUUCGUCAAGCAGUCAAGGCAAGAGACGAGAUAUUGAACAUCCUGGGGCCCGUGAUAGCGGAGAGGAGAAGAGUUAUUGAAAAGAAUGAAGAAAUGGAGGAGAAGUUUCAAGUUGAUGUAGCUCUUAAGGCCAAGGAUGCUAAUGGGGAAUUUUCUUUCAACAACAAUGCAGUUGUAUGCAUGUUGCUUGGACUGCUGUUUGCUGGUCGUGAUACAUCAGCUCAUGCUGCUAUGUGGCUUCUCAUAUACGUAUUACAACACCCUCAAGUCUACCAAAAGGCCAAGGAAGAGCAAGAGAUGAUCCUAAAACAAAGACCAUCUACUCAAAAGGGAUUGAUUUAUAAAGAAAUUAAACAAAUGACAUAUGCUGCAAAGGUCAUUAACGAGACGUUAAGAGUGAGUCAUGUUACCACAGUAAGUUGUCGUAAAGCAACCACGGACAUAAAUAUCCAUGGUUACACUAUACCGAAAGAAUGGAAUGUAAUAAUUAUGGUGAGAGACAUUCAUAUGGAUUCUCAAAUAUAUCCAAAUCCACAACAAUUUGAUCCUUCAAGAUGGGAUAAUUAUACUCCAAAACCAGGGACAUUCCUGUCAUUUGGGAUGGGAGGUAGAUUUUGUCCAGGAAAUGAACUUGCAAGGCUUGAAAUGACUAUUUUACUUCACCAUUUUCUCCUUAAUUACAAAUGUGAACGGCUCAAUCCAGAAGCCCUAGUCUCCUCCCUGCCUAUCCCUGUGCCUGUUGACAAUUGCCUCGCCAAGUUUUCUAAGCUCAAAAGUUAUUAGUUGUUUUUACUUUAGACUUAAAUUUAUCAUCUAAAGAAUUAUGUUA